GUUUAUCUGAUUUCGCUCCCAUCUGGGACUUUUUGAAGCCAUCAAAGAUUUUGAAUCUGAUUUUGCUCUGUUGUUAGAGUUGGUGUAAGGAAAUGUUAUGUGACUUGGCUCUAGUUUCUGGGUUCUGAAUUUGAUGUUCAAAGCUUGUACCUUGGAAAUUCUUGCCGUAUGUGCCGGUUCUAAGUAGUUGGGAAAAGAGUGUUUCAAGGAGAAUCUGACAAUAUCGAGGUUGGAAAGCUCUAGGAGUUAAAAAGUAUUGCUGCUGACGAAAAAUCCAUGGUUAUGGAUGGAAACUCAAGAGUGGGCUAUGGGACCACCUCUGGAAUUGAGCUUAAUGAUGAAGGUGUUUCUGUUGUUCCUAAUCCCAAUCUGAUUGGCAGUUUAAGACUCGAUGGUAAUGUAGUCGAACGAAAUUAUGCUUCCCGUUUGUCAGUCCAAUCUCACCUAUAUCCAAAUGAAUUUGUUCCGCUGUCAAGCGGUGAUUCGAACGAGGAUUAUGAUUUUAGUGAUGCGGUACUUAAGUAUAUAAAUGACAUGCUUAUGGAAGAGGAGAUGGAGGAUAAGGGGUGUAUGUUUCAAGAGUCGGCCGCUCUUCAAGCGGCGGAAAAAUCAUUCUAUGAUGUUCUUGGCGAGAAGUAUCCUCCUCCACCUGAUCAUCAGGUCCCCAGUUCGAAUCUGAGGGUUUCAAGUAGGGAGGAAAGCUAUCUUGGGGGUUAUGGUGGUCUUAUUUGGUGCCCAAGUUGGAAUAAUGGUACUAGUGGAUCGGAUUCUACUUACGUACAACAUUUCUCACCCUACAGUUCAUCAAAUAGCAGUGGGACUGUCGCUGAUGGGCAUAUCGAUUCUCCUGAUAGUAUCCUUAGGAUUUCUGAUAUAUUUAGUGAUAGCCAGUCUGCUAUGCAAUUUAAGAAGGGGGUUGAGGAAGCAAGCAAAUUCCUUCCUAAUGGCAAUGCUUUGCUUGUUGAUUCCCAAGAGAACGGGUUGUUGGAUAAGGACCAGAAAAAAUGGCCUAUGACUGUCAAGGUAGAGAGGAGUGAAAAUGGAUAUUCACCUGAUGAGUCGAGGGGGAAGAAAAAUCCACUUCAUGAAGAUUUGCAACAACAGGGAGGUAGGAGUAACAAGCAGUCAGCUGUGUUCACUGAAUCAACUGUGAGGUCGGAUCUGUUUGAUAAGGUGCUGUUAUGCAGUGAAGGUAGAAAUGAGUCUGAUCUCCGUAAAGCAUUACAGGAUAUAGCGGUUAAAAAUGUUCCACAGAACAAUAAAUUAAAGGGUUCUAGUGGUGGGAAAUCUCGUAGCAAGAAACAAGGGGCUAAAAGGAACAUGGUCGAUUUGAGAACCCUCUUGACCCUUUGUGCGCAAGCUAUUGCUGCUGAUGAUCGAAGGACUGCAAAUGAGUUUUUGAAGCAGAUUAGGCAACAUUGUUCUCCAACUGGGGAUGGGAUGCAACGAUUGGCCAAAUAUUUCGCUGAUGGUCUUGAAGCACGUAUGGCUGGCUCCGGCACUCAGAUCUACAAAGCCCUUAUUACCAUGCCUACAUCAGCUGCUGAUGUCUUAAAAGCUUACCAGCUUUAUCUUGCUGCCUGCCCAUUUAGGAAGAUCUCUAAUUUCUUCUCCAAUAAGACAAUUUGGCAUGCUGCUGAGAAAGGCUCAACGCUACACAUAAUUGAUUUUGGUAUUCUAUAUGGUUUCCAGUGGCCAUGCCUCAUACAACGCCUCUCAUCUAGACCAGGUGGCCCUCCCAAACUUCGUAUCACGGGGAUUGAUCUUCCACAUCCUGGAUUUCGACCAGCAGAGAGGGUUGAGGAGACAGGUCGCCGUCUGGCUAAUUAUGCUGAGACUUUCAAAGUGCCAUUUGAGUUCAUUGCUAUAGCACAGAAGUGGGAAACUGUUAGGAUUGAAGAUCUGAAGAUCCGUGAAGAUGAGGUGCUUGCCGUGAACUGUCUCUAUAGAAUGAGGAAUCUACUCGAUGAGACUGUUGUGGUGAAUAGUCCGCGAAACAUCGUCUUGAACCUCAUUCGGAAGAUGAAACCGGACGUUUUCGUGCUAGGGAUAGUCAACGGUGCAUAUAAUGCUCCUUUCUUUGUCACUCGAUUCCGAGAGGCUCUAUUUCAUUAUUCUUCUUUCUUUGAUAUGCUAGAGGCUAAUAUUCCCCGUGAAAUUCAUGAGAGAAUGCUGCUUGAGAAAACAAUAUUUGGACGAGAGGCAAUGAAUGUCAUUGCAUGUGAAGCUGCUGAGCGGAUUGAGCGACCAGAGACUUACAAGCAAUGGCAGGUUCGAAAUUUACGGGCAGGAUUCAGACAGCUUCCAUUGAACGAGGAUAUCAUGAGGAUGGCAAAAGAACGGGCAAAGUCCUAUGACAAGGAUUUUGUGAUUGACGAAGAUAGCCAGUGGCUGUUGCAGGGUUGGAAGGGACGAAUUCUGUAUGCUCUCUCUUCUUGGAGGCCAGCUGAUUGAAUUUGUUGGUUAUUAUUCUUGAAAUGACAGAUAUCAUCGAAUCCUCCAAAUCUUAAUUUUGCAUAAAUGCAUUAGUUUUUGAAGACGAGGUACUGAUCAACUUCUGGACUAGGUCCUUUCUGGUUAGAUGUGAAAAACUUCUCAACUUCAGCAAAUUAUCAGUGUCAGCAUAGAUAAUGCGAUAUAAUCGAGAUUGUUUUUUAUUCUUCGUUCUUCAAGAAGCUAAUUGGAAGCAGAUUUCCCAAUUCUUGUCUUGGUAUAUCCUGCUACGGGGACUAGAAAUUGGAAAUUCCAGCGGUUGUCAAGUCGACAUAGAAUGACUAGAAGCAGUGUUAUGUUGUCAUAGGAUUCCUAUAACAGACAUCCAUGCUUGUGCUGUGUGACAAGAUUCGUAGAAGUCAAAUAAAGUAGAACUGGAGAGCUUUUAUACAUGCAUUCUCUGGUAUCUGUAAUUAGCAGUCAAGUUCAGUGAAUGAAAAUGGUUAAAGAUUGUUUUAGAAUUUUUGUUGCCAGACAGCCAAAGUAACAUCCUCCUACAACUGUUCAUUGGAACUUUGAGGGCCUUUUAACUUUCAUAGUUGUUGCCUUAUGAAGAAGUUCACAUUGAUUCAA